UAAAACCUCGUAUCGUAGAAUGCGUCUCUCAUUCCGGGUGGUCGUAAGGUCCUGUCCGGCCAUCAGUCCAUUCCACCACAGAUUCCAUUUUCCCCGAGCUCUGAGCGCCGCCAGACCGAAAGCCUCGCACGAUCCAAGAAGCUCCGCGCCGAUUCAUCAGCGGCGGUGCAUCUACGGAGAGACCGAAGGCGCGCGUCCCGGUGAGAGGCGGAGAGAGAUGGCUGGAGCGUCGGAGGCGGUGGCGAAGGCGGAGAAGCUGAUGGAGGAGCACAUGAGUGGGAACGACUCGUCCCACGACGCCUGGCACGUGUUCAGGGUCAGGGAUUUGGCCCUCUCCCUCGCCCGCGAGGAGGGCCUCGAUGCCCACCCGGGUUCCAUGGAAAUCGUGGAGCUUGCUGCACUUCUUCAUGAUAUCGGUGACUACAAGUAUCUAAGAGAUCCAUCUGAGGAGAAGAUUGUCGAGAAUUUCCUUGAGGAACAGGGAGUGGAGGAAAGCAAGAAGAUCAAGAUCUUAAAGAUAGUAAGGGGAAUGGGUUUCAAAAAUGAGAUUAAGGGGCUUGCAGAAACUGAAGUAUUUCCAGAAUUUGGGGUCGUGCAGGAUGCUGAUCGUCUUGAUGCCAUUGGGGCCAUAGGAAUAGCUCGUUGCUUCACUUUCGGGGGAAGCAGAAACAGAGUUCUCCACGAUCCUGCCAUCCAGCCACGAUCUGUUCUUUCCCAGGAAAACUACAUGAAAAAAGAGGAGCAGACUACCUUGAAUCAUUUUUAUGAGAAACUUCUGAAGCUGAAAGAUUUGAUGAAAACAAAGGCUGGACAAAGGAGAGCGGAGAAGCGGCACAAGUUUAUGCUCGAGUAUUUGGAAGAGUUCUACAAAGAGUGGGAUGGGCAAGCCUAGAUUGGGUGAUAUUGAAGAGGUACUAUUACCAUCACCAUUUCCAAUGGUUUAGCCCUUAUGGAUUACAAUACCGAAAUUUAUCUAAAGUAGAGAUCCAUGGUUGAAUCCAGUUUUAGCAAGUCAGUUGUUAAUGCAUUGUAAUCAUAACAUUUAUCACCUACUAGCUUAUUUAAUUCUCUUACUAGUAUGCUGCAUUUGUUAGAAUGUCGUUAGAAUUCCGGUCAUGGUUGCCCAUUUCAUAACUAUUGCUAUGUUUGCUAUAACAAAAGAUGGAAUGCCAUCUAGAUUGCAUUUCGUCGAAGAUGAGACAUUCUCUAAA